AUGGUGCGCCAAUCGAAGAAACUGACUGACUGUCCGGAAAAUCUCCGGGAGUCCAUCGACUGGUUGAUCCAGGUUAAGCAUGGGAAUGGUGGUGGCCUUGAUAAGUUAGCUGAAGCUUUGAAAAGGUUGAUUCAAAAAGCUAUUGAUGAUGCUACUAGUAGUCUUGAAAAGAGGAAAAAGGAGCUUGAAUGCCCAGAAAAAUCAUCUUCUGAGGAGUCCUUUUGUCAGUCCAAGCAGGAUGAAAUUGAUAAGCUUAAUGGUGAUGAAUCUAAAAAAUCCAAAAUGGAAUCCGACUUAAAGAAACAUUACAAUGAAGUACAUUACCUGACUCAGGAUGCCAGACAAUGUGCUUUGAAUGAUAUUGAUGCCCGCCGUGUCUCUCUUGGUACGCUUGCUGGACAGUUUUCGGGAUUUAUUGGCGGUGGACAGGAAGUCAAAGAUGCGAUUUUGCAUGGUUUACACAGCAAUGUAAAUCAGCUUAUUAAGCGUUUACAGGCAUCCUGCGGGGACAAGGGGUGUUGUAAGACUAAAACGACUGAAAUUGAGAAAAUUAAUAAGAAAGUUGAAAGCUCUGAUGAAAAUGAUGUUGAAACGCAAUUCAAUGACCUUCAACAUAAAUUAAGUGAGAUAGAAAAGGAAAUUGCUGAAAACAUUAACAAGCUUAAUACUACAAUUCAGCGUCUUGAGAGUGAAAAGGCUGCUAAAAAAGAUGCUCUCUCUGAGAAGGAUUCUAAAUCCCUUAACUCUCAUAAUGCCUCCAAGAAGUCUCUUGAUACACUGCAGAAGCUUUGUGGAUAUGCUAACAAAAUUCCAUCUUCACAAAAUAAUCCACGUGAUUUACUUGAUAAGUUGUGCACAGGUAUCCAAACAUUCUUAGGGUACGAUAAUAAAUCCAACGGCUACACCGGCUCCGGCAUCGUGUACUCCGACCUUGACAGGCUUUGUGACGGGGUGAUGGCGUUCUUGCACGGUGUUCUCAGUGCAGCGAAGGAGAAUGAGAAUGUUACGAAAUAUGAUAAUAAUGGUGAUAAACUUGUUGAAGUUCUUAAGGGACUUGAAACCUCCAUAGGUAAGGGGUCUGGCGCAUUUGGUCCGCAGGUUACUGCGGUGAGUGGGUGGCUUGGGAGGUAUGAGAGUGAGGUGAACAAGAAAUGCGAAGCAGUAACAAACGGAAUAAAUGCACUGAGUGAUAAUUUGUCGAAAGGAUAUUCCAACGUUGUAGACUCUAAAAAGGUCGAUAGCCUUAAAGAUCAGUUGGCGUCAUGGGAGUCUACGGUGUCAGACAUUUCACGAGAGGUUAAGAAUAUUGAAGAAGAUAAAGUUAGUGAGCUUGAUAAGGCGUUAAAGGAGAGAGUAAUGGGUGAGAUGAAGGUGGUUAAAAAGGCGGUUGGGAUGCUGCUUGGGGCGGCUGGGGAGGAUGGGCUUGAAAAGCAAGUGCAAACUGUAGAUAAAACGUUGGAGAGGACAAAAAAUGAAAUCAAGAGAGACAUUAAAGAAAAGUUUAGUAAAAUCGAUGAGAGUGUUAGGAAGUUGGGAGGUACAAAAAAUAAACAAAUUGGGCAUCUCAAUGAUCGCUUGAAAGAUGCUAGGGAUUUUUUGGAUAGAUAUAAUCAGGAUUAUAAGACUGAGAUUGAAAGGUUGUUUACUCAGUUGCAUGGUAGGAUGAACAAUAUAAAUCCUCAUCAUCCCGAUCCCGCUGGAAAAGAAUCAGAACUAAAGAAGAAAUUCACUGCGGUAACCGAAGCGGUUGAUGGGAUUGAGAAGGCGUAUAAGGAUAAAUUCGCAGAUGUGAAGAAGAAAGUUGAUGCAGCAGUUGACCAGGCAUUGGAGAAGGAUAUGCAGCAUAGUCUUGACAAAUUGGAUGACCAUAUAAGAACUGAUUUGGAAGGCUUGAGAAAUAGCAUUAAGUUGAAGUUGGAGGCGUUUGCUGGCAGUUUGGGAACGAAGAUUAAGGAGGCGGCGAAAUUAGCGAAGGGCAGCGGUAGGGAGAUGAGGGUCUUAAAACCCUUAUUAGUCAGUUUGGAAGUGGCGGAUCGGCGGAACCGUUUACGCAGAAACUAUGCUGUUGGUGGUACAAUAGAAGGUGUUUUGUAUAAUCUUCGGAGACUGGAAGAAGUAUCGUCCGGUACAGCCGUCUAUGCCGAGCUCCUCGCCACUGUUCGCAAAUCACUGUAUGCGGCCAUUGACAAGGUUCUAAAGGGGGUUAUCAUGGAUCCUAAAAGUAUUAUAAAAUUUGAUACUGCUUUCAUGUCAAAUUAUUAUAAAGAGACGAAGAAGGAGGACGGUACAGGCAUCGGUACGUUCCGAGGUUUGAUUAUGACUAUUAAGAGCGAAUUUGGUAAGGGCAUUGAGAGACCAGAUCCUAAUGGAGAUGUAUCCGUGGAUCCUACGAAGUUUGAAUCACAGUUCAAUUACAAGACAGACGAUGGCCAGGGUGCUAAGGACAAGUACGACCAAGCCAAACAAGCAAUAAGUCCUACUAUUAUCGACGAACUUGAAGCCCUUCCACAGCAAGUUGACGCAAAGAGGAAGGAAGCGGUGGAAAGAAUGAGUGCGCUGUAUACUGAACUCAACAACAAAUUCAAUUAUAUUUAUGAGCUUGUGCAUAAGGCAAGUGGUGCUAUAGAUAUCUCCAUCACAUCCCUCCAAUCCACCCUAAAUUCAUCCCAAGAAGCAUGCUUAACAUCCGUCUCCCAAGCCUUCCAAACCCUCACCACCGAAGUCCGCGCUCUCUUCGCUCAGGGCCACAAAGCCGACCUGGCGGCGCUCAAAACACUUGUCGACGGGCAAAAAGGGGAGAUUGAUGGUAUUAUAUUUAAUGACAAAAUAAGUGGAAUUAAAGGAUUGUUGAGUGCUUUGAAUACGCAUAAUGAUAAGAUUUCCAGGAUUCCCGUUGGUGAAUUUAAAUAUGCCGCUGAAAAAUCCAAGCAUUAUUUAGACGCCAUUCUCGAUUACAUUAGGUUGCAGGUGCGUACGCCUGCCAAGGCGCCGGGACAGGAUCCAGAACUCAGCGAUGAGUCUAAGAAGGUGUGGAAUGUCAGCGUCAGACUGGACGCCUUGCUAAACUACCUUAAAGACGACAAGCCACAUCCCGAUGACCCUACCGGCAAACGCAUUUACACCUUUGACCAUCAGUCUGGCAAUCUACUCGCCUCACUCACUUUCGCAGUUGACAACUUAACAUCUCCCAACUUCCACGGCUUCCACAACCCGCUGCUCCUCGACGCCAUCAGGUCCGGCAUGCACAAAUUCACCGAGCAACUCGGCCACGCGUACGUGAAUAAGUAUAGCGGUCAAAAACGUGCGGAUGACUGGGUGGAAACAAAACAAAGUGCUGAUAAGAAAACCACUGAAACCCAGUUAACCACCGAGGGCCGCAACUGCGCCAAGGUCUGCCUGACCAUACUGGAGACGUUGAAUACUAAUCUUGGUUGGUUGAGGAAGGCAUGUAAAAAAUAUAAUAACGCGCAAAUCAAUUUAGCCAAUGGCAAUAAACUCGGUGCAUUCUUCCAACAUUGGGGAUAUAUACUCUCCGAAGAGAGCAAACAAAAUGGUGAAGUGAAAAAUCACCAGGACCGUAACGGCCAGUAUAUAUAUAAUCUCCUCACCAAGGAGGUUGAUAAAGCUGGCGAAAAACACAAACUUGUCAGCGAAGAUGACGACAACAAAGUGAACAAGGAUAAACAUGGUCUCAUGAGAAAGCUCCACGCCCAUCUUGGAGCAUAUUACAAGGUAUGCCACCAUGAGCAUAUCGACAAGCCAAAAGCUCCAUCCAACAUAUAUCAGAUGUUACAGUGGCUCCUCGGGUUAUACUUUGAUCCGAUAUAUGAUGAACUGAAGAAUUACAUUGAGGAAUUGUUUACGGGCCUCAAAGAAGAGUAUAGCUUAAACACUGAAGCAUUAGAAGUCGCCGUGCCAGACAAAAAGAAAGAUCCAAUUAAAUCACCUCUCGACGCCAUCCAGCUUAUCGAAGCACUUCGCAAGGUCUGCUUGUACUCCGAAGACACUCUGGCUGCCAUCCUCGGUCGCGGCCACGAGGAGGGGCGAUAUGCCGUUGACUUUUUCACCAACCAAGAUAAAUUAAACUAUCCCAACAGCGCCGCAUCGUGUUUUGAUAUGCUUGUAGAUAUACUGAGUAGAGUGUAUCAUCAACUUAAUUUCCUAUAUACCCAGUGUCGUAACGGCCCCAGUAGUAGCGGUUGGCAAGAAUGCUGGUACGGCCGGUCGGUCGGCGGUUCAUCAUGGAACUGCAAUACCUUUCAAUGUCCUGACCAAACGUGUAAGCAAAAGCACGACCAAAAGGCCGGCCAACAUUACGAGUGCGGUAUAAAAUCGCCUCUCCAAUCAUAUCUGGAAGAUGGUCUUCCUGGCUUUCUGCCGCAUUCAUUCAAAACGCCAGGUUGUAAAUUGACGUGUACAUUAAGUAAUCACAGAGGUCUUCCUUGUAAAACCCCUAUGGGUUUCUCCGACAUAAGUGUUACUGCCUCUCAUACACAAAAUGGUGAAUAUCUCAGGCGAGCGCUGCACGAUUUCUGCGGUCCAGAUUCUAAUCUCAAUAAGCUGUGUAGUAUGCUCACGUGCGUCCUCCGCCGACCACCUCAAACGUUGGGGGACAUAUUUGCCUUUUACCAUAAGUUCCUUGAAAACUGGGAAGGAGGCCCGAAGAAGGUUAAAACUUUAAUCCAACAUAAGCACGAUGCAUUUAGUUAUGCGGUUAACGAAGCAUAUUUCGGUGAGAAAUAUGCCGACUUGGAUAUUACUCCCGUGUUCGGCAGCAGUAGCCACUAUGACGGGAACUCCACGCAUCCGAAAGGUGAUUUGUUUAGUCUUGUUAGUUGCCAACCACAUGCAAAUCCUGUACACCCCUGUGGUCGAUAUUUGCAGUCGUUGGACGAUGACAUCAGGGUUAUGUAUUCGGAUAAGCACGCCAAACACUAUCUUUCAUGGAUCAUAUAUACAACAGAAACGCUUUAUGAUUUGCUUAAGAAAUUAUAUAAGGAAUGUUGCGAUAAAUGUGACAAAAAAGGGACCAAAUGCCAUAAGAGCUGUGAUGAGAAAUGUGCCGUGAAAUUGGCUUACGAAGCUGCAAAAUCCGACACUCAAAAAGCAACAUCUACAGCAGCCAGAGAUGUAUCACAUGAAAAAUCAUGCCACUCCAUCGUCAAGUGCGCCAAUAUGCAUCCAACAUUAUACGCAUACGGAUUCACCUUUGGCAGCCCACACGAAUUGGGCGGUGCCGAAGACGUACAAACGAGACGCACGUGUAAGGAUUUGUGCAACACAUUGAUGGGAGUUAUCAGCGAUAAAGAAACAGACAACGCUCCACUCGCCAAAUUAAUAUACGUUACUAUUCCAGAAUAUAUAUGGGCAAUACGCACACCCUUCUCAUAUUUAUUACUCGCCCUCUGGUCGCUGUCGCUCCUGUACCUGCUGCACAUUACCGUCGUCCGCCUCGACGUCCUGAGGAUACGCUCCCACCUGCGCUCGCCCUCGUCGCACCGCAUCUCCGCGCAGUCACUUUUCGCAGCGGCGCGCAUCAACUCACUUGGGAUGCUGAGAUACUUCUCGCCGUGA